AGGCGCGUCGCGGAGGCGGGUGGGCGGAGCAGGUCGCGAUGAGUGGCGGAGGGACGGAGACUCCUGUGGUUUGUGAGGCCUCCCCGGGCGGCGGCGACAAGAAAAAGGAUUCGCUGGGGACCGCGGGCUCUCCAGCGCACCUCAUUAUCAAGGACCUUGGAGAAAUUCAUUCAAGGCUUUUAGAUCACAGACCAGUUAUUCAAGGUGAAACCCGUUAUUUUGUGAAAGAAUUUGAAGAAAAACGUGGUCUUCGAGAAAUGCGAGUUCUUGAAAAUUUGAAGAAUAUGAUCCAUGAAACAAAUGAACAGACUCUGCCCAAAUGUAGAGAAAUAGUGCAGGACAACUUAAACCAAGUUCUCCAGAGAUUGCAAACAGCCUCGGACGCAGUCUGUAGACUCCAGCAGAAGGAGCAGGAACGAAAGAAGAUUCUUAAUGACCAUUUAAUAGCUAGUGAAAAACAGCGUAUAAUCCAGUGGGAAGAUUUCAUGAAAGAACAGCACAGCAAACAGGCUGAAGUGGAUGAGGAACACAGAAAAGCCAUGGAGAGACUUAAAGAGCAAUACGCCGAGAUGGAGAAGGACCUAGCAAAAUUUUCAACCUUUUAAGAAGUUUAACCACAAGAGCGACAAAGUAAGAAGGAAACAUUGACUCCCCCCCCUCAAAAAACUGUUCCCACCAAACCAUUUAGCCUCUGCUUCAAGCUUAGCAAUAUAUUCAGUGGCACUCUUACAUUAGAAGAAAGAAAAGUGUUUAAUAGAAGAAGACAGCCACAUCUUUCCAGUUUUAAGUGCCUGUAUAUGAUGAUUUGAAUGGGGAGGAGUAGCAGGAAAAAUGGCGUAAGUUUGUUUUUUGUUAAUCAGAAUUAGGUGUUCUUCCCAUUGGUUCUCUCAGAGAACUGUAAGUACAGACUUUUUAGAACAAGAAUUCAUUCUCACACAGCGUGAAUAGUAGUUAUUUGGCUUAGAAGGCAGAUAUAAUAGCUGCCUAUCCUAACGUCCUUGGCCUAUUGGAAGAAUGUAUACAGUGUUAUUCCAUGAGCAGUGUAGACAAAAACCACUGUCUUUGGAGAAGAGGUCAUAUUGAAAAAGGAGAGAGUCAAGACCUUGUCUCUGCUGAGGCAGAGAUGGCCGCCUUGGUCUUUGAGCUGCCUGCUGGGCAGUUACAGACUGUGCAGUACAGCAUAAUGCUGUGUGUGUCGCUGAGUGACAAGACACACUUGUCAAGCUUUGUGGCCUUCCAGCACUUAGUAUUUUCAACUUUUAAGACAUGCUUAGAAGGAAAAGCUUACCAAAAAUAUAUUUGACUUUUAGCCUUUCCAAGAACCAUGAUCUUGUCUGUAGUAUUUACCUCAUGUACCUCAUUUUUGUGUCUGUUUUGCCGUGGGUAAGCUUUGUAAGAUAAAUAAUGUCUAUACACGUUUCAACUGUUUAAUGAGUAAUCGGCAAAAUCUGCCAAGGAGUCCCUCUGGAACCAUAUAAAGACUCUGGCUCUGAAUAAACCAGAAGUGUUUGGCCACAUAGCAAAUGAUCCAUGUUAAAUGCAAAUCCUUUUUUAGUGUUUAGCGUCUGUUCUCAUAAGCAGGUGUAUUAUGAUGAAACAUGUACCAAUUCUGUCAUCACUGUGAUCUUUAAAAAAAACCUGCUUUUAACGGUCUAAUUGAGGAACUAAGUUGAUUUUUUAUUUGCCAUAAACCAAGCAAACUUAAAUGCAAUAAUUUCUUGAGAUUUAUGGCAAAUGAGUUUGAGGUAUAGGUAAAUCUUUCAAAUAGUCUCCUAGUGCUCUUCAGUAAAGAAAGGCGCAGGAAAGAAAAUACCCAACUCCCUUGUGUUAUCUCCGUGUUGCUACUGCAGAGAAGCGACAAUGCUUGCUUGUGUGAAUUUAUGGCUUACUGUCAAAGCUUCAUUCUUGGCUCCAUGUUGAAAAUGUGAUUAAAGUUAAUAGAGGAGAUGAAA